GCCAGAGAGGGACAAUACUAGGUAACACGGAAAACAAAUGAAUACCGAAACAUUUCAACAAGCCCAUGUUUUGAUGAAAUGAUUUAAUUUAGCGGUUAAUCGCGUAUAUUCGUCUUUUUACAUUCGCAUGCGCCAGUCAACUGUCACACUAACAUCCAGCGGCUUUUGUGGAUGUUGUUAGGUUUUGACUAGGCAAACAAAAUCUGACUUGCCUCAGGAUGUUUCUGUUCUCCAAAAAGAAGAAACCAAGUGAGGAUUCAGUAAAACGCCUGGAAUACCAGCUAUGCUUGGCCAAAGAAGCAGGCGCUGAUGAUAUUCUGGACAUUUCUGCCUGUGAGCUUACAGAGGUUCCCUCCUGUGCCUUCUCCAUAUGUAAAGUCCUCCAGAAGAAAGUGUUAAUUCUUCAUGGAAAUGACCUGAGGUCACUUGUUCCUAAAGGUUGCUGCAUUGGUGCCUUAGCAACCUUAAAGGUGUUGGACCUGCAUGAAAAUAAGCUCACGUCACUUCCUGAUGGCAUUGGGCAGCUUUUGUCCUUGCAGGUGCUGAAUGUAGAGAAGAACCACAUUAAACAGCUGCCGGACUCUAUAGGGGAUCUUCGGCAUCUACAGACACUUAACGUGAAAGGGAACAGCCUCUCUGUCAUUCCUGCAUCUGUGGGACACAUGAGUAGCCUGCGUACACUAGACAUGAGCGAGAACGGCAUUAGAGAAUUACCUAAAGAACUGGCCAAUGUUCGCACUUUGGAAAGCCUGAUCCUGGAUGCACAGGUUAUGAGAUAUCCACCUGCGUCAGUGUGCACGGCCGGCACAGAGGAAGUGCAGCGCUACCUCUGUUCAGAGAUGGGUCUGGAGUAUUGCCCUCCAUCACAGUAUCUGCUGCCUGUACUGGAGCAUGAUGGAGGGAAGGAGGAGGAGGAUUCUGUUGAUGGCGAAGAGAUGGCCUGGCAGAGCAAAUUCAUGGACUAUGAGAAAAGAAAGGAGCAGAAACAUCUGGAAAAGUUGAUCUUUGAGAAAGAUCUUGAAGAGAAACAGAGAGAGCACACUCAGCUCCUCCUGCUCAACAACUCUCACAAAGAGGACGUCCUGCUGUCCGUCAAACUGGAGCAGCAAAGGUUGGAGUUAGGUGUGUCUCAGCAGCAGAAGGCCCAGGAAACAGAGAGGCAGAAAAUGCUGGAAAAAGUACGCCUGGCAGAGAACAAUAUCAUGAGUCGCAUCUCUGACCUCCUGCUUGAUAGCAAACGCCAGGCAAAGAGCGCCGAGUUUCUGCAAGCUCUGGAGGAAGACCGUAUACGAAUGGAGCACCUUACCGCUAUCACACAGGAUGAAGCCAAUUCUCUCAGGAAGAAGGAAGUGGCAAGUGCCAUGCAGAGGAUGCUGUCAGAGAGCUACUCUGUAAGGUUACUUCAGGAGGCCAGGGAAGCCAAGACACAGAUUCUGGUGUCCGAGACCUGCAUGAGUUUGGACUAUAUGGACAGAAGGUUUGACCAGGUGUUGUCUCUACAGCAGCUAGACAAAAGCAAAGCCAUUAGUCAGAUCCUUGAAGAGGAGGAAAUGCAGAAGGCCGCCUUUGAAGCCCUCCAACUCCAGAAGGACAGCGUGCAUGCUUAUAUCCGUAAUCAGAUUAAACUCAUAGAGGCAGAGUUAAUGCAGUUGACAAAGCUGGAGGUUAAGAGGAGGAAUUUGGACACGGAGAAUCUGCAGGAGGUGUUAGCUGACCAGAGGACUGCUCUGACUGAUCUACUGCAGCAGUUACUCAAACAGAAGGACCAAAGAGAGGAGGAACUCAGGAUAGUUUUGAUGGCAAUGGAGCAGAAAAGUGAAUCCAAUCAGCAGAACUACUGGAUGAUCCAGUAUCAGAGGCUCCUGGAUGCCAAACCUCUGUCUCUGCGGAUGCAGGAGGCAGCUGUAAAUGCAGAUCUGGGGAGUCUGCUGUGUAAACUCUCGGCUCAACACUACCUGCCAAUCAUAGCUCACCACCGAAUCACUGCUGAGGCCUUGCGACACAUGACCGCUCGAGACCUUAGAAAGUUGGGGAUCAAUGAGGUCGGAGUGCAGAAAGCUCUUCUCCACUGGGCCAGAGAACGCACUCUGUCUGACCCAUUGCCUAAAACAGCCAAAGAGAUGCAGGAAGCUGGUCCAUCCACCCCAAGCGCCCCACUUCAGCAGCAGCUCACUCCUCCACUGACCCCCAGUACCCCCCUCACCCCCACUGCCCCAAGUCCUGAUAGAUGGAGCAGCUCCGAGUGUGUGGUGUGCAUGGAGCGUGAGUCACAGGUGAUCUUCCUGCCAUGUGGGCAUGUAUGCUGUUGCCAGACCUGCAGCGAUGCCCUGCAGUCCUGCCCUCUGUGCCGUGGCUCCUUAUCUCAGCGGGUCCGUCUUUACCACGGCUGAGCGUCCUUCCAUGGUCAGGAUCGUAUCUCGUGUGUCAUUGUUGCAUUCAUUUCUCCACUUGCUGCAUGAAAUCAUAGUCUGUGAACCUUCAAGCACUUUAGAUGUUACUGGAUUUUUUCUUCCACUACAGCUAGCCAAUCAAAAAGGAACUUACACAGAACUUAUACAUUAGUCCAAUCGGAUAACGUUUUAUUAUAUAUCAUAAACCAGUCACAUUCCAAUAAAUUAACGGCAAAAAAGUAUUUGACAAUGGUUAAUUUAAUUCAAACCUAAUAAGAAGAUAAUAAUAAUAAUAAUAAUAUGACUGUUGAACUAUAGUAUCGCCCUUGAUGUACCCGCUCUAUGCACUUGUGCCUCUUUUGUAUUUGAUUUCCACUAAACCCACCCCCAAAUAAACUUAAAACAUCUGCAUGUUCUCUACAGUAAUCUUCAUGUUAUCAACACCGUAGUACAGUAAUUUAGCACCAUUUAGGGGGAUUCACACCAAUAAAAGUUAAAGUUUAAUAAAGUUUAGUCAUCGUUCUAAUCGGGGCAUCACAUCGCAGCUAUUAUGACAAAAACAUACAGAAUAUAUCAUUGAAAUUACUAUCAAAACAAUUUUUCCAGCGGUUAAACGUUCAAAAAAUAUUUACAGCCAAUCAGAAUCUGCAUGACAUUAAAGAGCUUCAAAUGGCAGCUGACAUAGCUAUAGCAUGCUAACAGAUAGCCCGUUGUUGUGGAUGCUAAUAGUUACCGGUGUGAAAGGGCCUAUACUCUGCAGUAGUUUAAUACUUUAACCAACUAAGUUAAAGCAAUUUUUAAUUUUCAUUCAUAAUGUUUUGAACUGACUUGGCGACACAGCAGUUUAGACGAUUAUAGGUUGGAGGUAAAACAUUUCUGAAGGCGCUGUACUUAAAACACUCCUAACAAAUUCACUGUUAGUCCUUUUUACAUUGUCAGCCAUCCCGUCUCAGCUAAUGUAAGUAUUGCGAACACAUGAUGGUGUUUCUGUGUACUUCUGUGAACCUCUCUCCAUCCAAGUGCUCUUAUAUGCAAGUCUGCUUCUCACUGAACACGUACAGAAUGAAAAAAGAACUUAACCUGUCUGUAAAUAAAACAAUGAUCAUUUAAUUUCUUAUUUUAAGGAAUAAGCUUUAAGUGUUUAUCGGCAUGAUACAAAAAUGUUUAAUGUGUGUGCUUUGUGUGAUACAGUUAUGCUGUAUGGAUCAGACUGGACAAAGGUUUUAUUAGUUGUGCAUAAAAAACAAAAAAGAAAAAAAUGUUUAGUAGACUUUACUGUAGUAUAAACUACUAUCUGGUGGCAGAUUAUUAUUAAUUUAUGUACACACUGUAGCUCUUCUGCUCUUCUUUUAUUUUAUAAGAACUGAUACAGUUUGUGCUCAUUUUAUACAACACAAAUGGCACCUUAUCUGUGAUGUUAUUAGUGAGAUUGAAUCUCUGUUACAUUCAUUUACAAUGUAUGUGUUGCCAUUACAUGUUUUCUGUUGUUGUCUACAUAUUCAUAAUGUACUUUUUUGUUUUAUUUAGGUUUUAUAAUUGUAUCCAACCAACCACAUCCAUUGAAAUGCUGCCUAUUAAUUUUAAGUGUUAAUAAACCUGAUAGACACCUGUA